GGUUGGAUAAAAUAGAAAGGAAACCGGAGCUUAUUCAUUUAUUUAUGUACAGAACAGAACAAGCUACCAAUAAUUGCACAAUAUAAAAAUUGGAUAAUAAAAAAUUGCAGAUAUAUCAUAGAAAACAGCAACAAAAAGCUGAUUAAAGCUAAUCAAAUUUGCAUCUGAGAAAGAGAAUCCAGUUCUUCUUCCUCCCAUUCUGCACUCUGAGUUCCUUCCUUCUUCUCUCCCAGCCUCUCUGUCCGUCUAUUCCCCUCACAACCCUCUUUUAGUGCGAAUAACAUCUGUACCUAUUCGAUCUUCGAGAAAUCCUUUCCAUAUUCGGAGUCACAGCAACAACCCAGAAUUCAACUUUUGGAAAAGGAUAGGGGGCAGUGAGCUAGCGAGGAACCCAAUUGCAGCGAUUCCGCCCACCUGGCAGCCGAAUUCGGCUACUAUAUAAAGCCAAGGAACAAGCUACUUUAAGAAAUCAAGCUGGCUUUCUCAGACGGAGCUGUGUUGGCCGCGGAGGCCGGAGGAGGACGACUCGCCGACGAGACCGUUCCUCUUGUAAUGGACGCCGACGACGGAGGAGGAGGAGAAAGGUUUGGUGGGCAGAGGAGGAAAGUUGGCGAUGAGGAGAAUUUGGCCGUUGAGGUUCCAGAGACUGCCCAUCAGAUUAGCAGCGAUUCAUGGUUCCAGGUGGGAUUUGUUCUUACAACUGGGAUCAACAGUGCCUUUGUACUAGGUUAUUCAGGGACCAUAAUGGUCCCUUUGGGAUGGACUUAUGGAGUGGUCGGUCUUAUUCUGGCCACAGCCAUGUCAUUGUAUGCAAACUCUCUCAUCGCCAAGCUACAUGAGUUUGGAGGGAAAAGGCACAUCAGAUACAGAGAUUUGGCUGGCUUCAUAUAUGGAGAUGGAGCUUAUUAUAUGACAUGGGGCUCUCAGUAUCUGAAUCUGUUCAUGAUCAACACUGGUUUUAUCAUAGUAGCUGGUCAGGCUCUUAAGGCUGCCUAUGUUCUUUUCGACCAAGAUGGUCCGAUGAAGCUUCCAUACUUCAUAGGCAUGGCUGGAUUUGUAUGUGGUCUGUUUGCCAUUUCAAUUCCUCAUUUGUCAGCACUCAGACUCUGGCUUGGAGUUUCAACACUUCUCAGCCUGAUCUAUAUCAUUAUCGCCUUUGUCCUCACGAUCAAAGAUGGGGUCAAUGCACCUCCCAGAGACUACAGCAUCCCAGGGACAACUACAAGCAAGAUCUUCACAACCAUUGGAGCAACUACCAAUCUUUUCUUUGCAUUCAACACAGGAAUGCUCCCAGAGAUACAGGUAGACUCAUGGUUCCAAGUGGGAUUUGUUCUUACAACUGGGAUCAACAGUGCCUAUGUAUUAGGCUAUUCAGGGACCAUAAUGGUCCCUUUGGGAUGGGUUCCUGGUGUGGUUGGUUUGAUUCUGGCCACUGCCAUCUCAUUGUAUGCGAACUCUCUGGUGGCUAAGCUACAUGAGUUUGGAGGCAAAAGGCAUAUCAGAUACAGAGAUUUGGCUGGAUUCAUAUAUGGUAAGAGAGCUUAUUCUGUAACAUGGGGUUUGCAGUAUGUGAACCUUUUCAUGAUCAACACUGGUUAUAUCAUCUUAGCUGGCCAGGCUCUUAAGGCUGCCUAUGUUCUUUUCGAUGAAGAUGGUCCAAUGAAGCUUCCCUACUUCAUAGCCAUUGCUGGGGUUGUUUGUGGCUUGUUUGCCAUUUCAACUCCUCAUUUAUCAGCACUGAGAGUUUGGCUGGGAGUCUCAACAGUCCUUAGCCUGAUAUACAUCAUAGUUGCCUUUGUACUCUCCAUUAAAGAUGGGGUCAAUACACCAGCCAGGGACUACAGCAUCCCAGGAACCACAACGAGCAAGAUCUUCACGACAAUUGGAGCAUCUGCCAAUCUCGUCUUUGCAUUUAAUACAGGAAUGCUUCCAGAGAUACAGGCAACAAUAAAGCAGCCAGUAGUUAACAACAUGAUGAAAGCACUCUACUUCCAGUUCACAGCUGGAGUUUUACCCAUGUAUGCUGUCACUUUCAUCGGCUACUGGGCAUAUGGUUCAUCCACAUCAACCUAUUUGCUUAGCAGCGUCAAUGGUCCAGUUUGGGUGAAGGCAAUGGCCAAUAUUGCUGCAUUCUUUCAGUCGGUCAUCGCUUUACACAUAUUCGCGAGUCCUAUGUACGAGUUCUUGGACACCAAGUACGGGAUCAAGGGGAAUCGAUUCGCCAUUCGAAACUUGACGUUCAGGCUGGGAGUGAGAGGUGGAUACCUUACCCUCAACACAUUGGUGUCAGCACUUCUGCCAUUCUUAGGAGAUUUCAUGAGCCUCACAGGGGCAAUCAGCACCUUUCCCCUAACAUUCAUUCUGGCAAACCACAUGUACCUAGUGGCCAAGGGGAGCAAAUUGAGCUCCUUCCAAAAGCUCUGGCACUGGCUAAAUGUGAUCUUCUUUGGGUUCAUGUCCCUGGCAGCACUUGUUGCUGCUCUGAGGCUUAUAGCUGUAGAUUCCAAAACUUACCAUGUUUUUGCUGACUUGUGAUGAUACCAUGCCGACAAUUUGUCACUAUCAUGGCAUCUGAAGUUCCUGGCCAAACGAUUCAAGAUUGAGCAAUUGCAGGUGCUGAGUAAGAUUAUUUUAACUCUCCCAAUGUUUAGAUUUCAUUCAUGUAGAAUGUUAAUGGGGAACUGGAAUACUUUACAUUUAUUGUGUAGUUUAGGCAAGCAUUUGAUUCAUUUAGUUGGUGUCCAUGAUUUAGUUUAUACCAAAAGCAACUGUUGUUUUUACUGGAAGACUUCAUCCUACUUUGAGCAAUUAUCAUUGAUCAAACGCCAAUACAACAACACCUUUGUGCUAGCUUUACUGGUUAACUUAAUCUACAAAUGUAAGAAGUAAAAAAUGUUGCUAGCUUAAAUUUUUAUCAUCCCCUAUCUUAGGUCAUUAAGCUUUUCGUUUUCUCGUGUCCUUUCACAUAUGCAACCGGGAAAAGGGUUUGCAUAGAAGUUCUCCUCAUGUUUGGAGGAACGCCCUGGGUGUCUGGGCGACGGAGCCCCAGUCCUGUUCUUAUGCAACUCUUGCACUUUGCUUGCAAAUUCGUCCCAUGGGCUGAUGGUCUUCCGAAACCCUUCAAAUCUCCGG